AUGGAUGAAAAUUUUGAUCAAGCAGCUCUUAUGUCGGGAAAUUAUUAUCCAAAAUCAAUUAGUUCGGAUGACGAAAAUGAUGGUUGUUUUUCCAUUCAUCAACAAGAAUUCGCCGAUCUUCAAUUACUUUCAUCUGCCUAUUCAACAACAUCAUCGGCAUUCGCCGAAUCUAUAGAAAUAUCGAAAAUAAUUGAUGAGAUUGAACGAAUUGAAGAUGAUUGGAGUGAUCACAUUGGAGAAGAAGAAAAACAAAUCAAUGAUCAUACAAAACAUAAAGAACGAAAAGUAGAAUCGUCAAAGAAAAAUUUAAAAUGUUUUGUUUGCGGUGCAAAAGCUUUGGGUUAUAAUUUUGACCAAAUUUCUUGCGAAUCAUGUAAAGCGUUUUUCAGAAGAAAUGCAUUGCGAAAUAUGUCUGAUUUAAAGUGCCGUUUUAGUGAUCAUUGUGAAGUGACAGUUGCUAGUCGUCGAUAUUGUACUUACUGUCGACUUCAAAAAUGUUUUGUGGUUGGAAUGAGAAAAGAAUGGAUUCGAAGUGAGGAACAGAAAAAUAUAAAGAGACAUCAAACAGAAAAAAAUCGCCAAUUGAAAAAUUUGACAUAUAAUAAUAAUGGACAAAUUAUUCAUACACUUAGUUUACUUUCAAAUGAUAAAUCAAGUUUAACACAAGAUGAUUGGCGUCACUUAAACAAUAUUGUCGGAUUACACGAACAAAAAGUAAAACCUAUUGUAUUUAACCGUCAUUCAAUAAAAACAACAACUGUAAAUGAUUUUGUUAAUAAUAAAACUGUUUGGGUACAACAAUUAGCAUCUUAUUUUAAACAAAUUCCUGAAUUUCAACAAUUAAAUAUUAGUGAUCAAAUUGUAUUAUUUAAAUAUAAUUUUCGAACAUUAGUACCGAUAAAUAUAGCUCUAGUUAAACAUAUAUUAGCAUCCAUGUUACCACCACGUACUGCCGAUCAUACCAGUUUUAUGAUAUCGGUACAUGGAGAAGAAUUAUAUCGAAAAAUGCAAGAAAAUAUACAUACUUUUAGUUUAUUUCAACAUGAUCCAGUAAUUAUCAAAUUAAUGUUAAUUAUUAUUAAAAAAGUGUUUUGUUUAUUGGUCAGAUUAAAUAAAUUAUUGGUGAUUCAAGCUUUAUUUAUUUAUCAUUUUUCAUAUAUUUAA